AUGUCAGUCUUUGUUGUGAAUUUUCCUUGCUGUGCACUGUGGAAAUCAAAGAAGCUUCGGUUUAUAAAACCAUCGACAUUACCAAAGCAGAUGAGUCCCAGCAGCAGCACAAAAGUGCGUUUGGGGAACAAUGAUGGGGUUAAGGCGUUUUUCUUCAAUCCCACUGAGGAACCCAUUCUCAGAGACGCGCUUAAGGAGCCAGUUGCGUUCAUGGGAGGGAUGUUUGCUGGUCUCUUACGACUUGACUUGAAUGAAGAUCCACUCAAGGAUUGGGUUUCAAGGACUGUGGAAGCCUCUGGGAUCACCGAGGAAGAAAUUGAUGCUAGCGGGUUAGAACCAGAAGAAGAAGCCCCGCUACAGAUUGAGAUUGAAUAA